AAUUUAAUACUACUUUAUAAUCAUCAUCACUACCACCAGCAACAGCAUCUAAAAUUACUUAACAAUCUCCGCCAAUUUGCAGCCUCCAUUUCCAUUACUUACCUGCUCUUCGUUUUAUCUUACAAAUGGCUUCCUCACUGCACACCGUUUUAUCCAUAAGUACCUCAUCUUCUUCAUCAUCCAGAAGCGUCUAUACUAACCGAGUUCGGAGACUUCCAGCUCACUCACUCGUCACUCCGCUCUCCGUUUCUCUCUCAAGGCGUAGGCUUAGCAUUAGAGCAACAGAGACUGAUGCUAAUGAAGUUAAACCUCAGGCACCGGAUAAGGCGCCAGCUAGUAGUGGUGGUGGUUCAAGCUUUAAUCAGCUUCUUGGUAUUAAAGGAGCGGCUCAAGAAACUAACAAAUGGAAGAUCCGUCUGCAACUCACAAAACCUGUUACUUGGCCUCCAUUGGUCUGGGGAGUAGUUUGUGGAGCUGCUGCUUCAGGGAACUUCCACUGGAAUUUGGAAGACGUUGCUAAAUCAAUUGCUUGCAUGAUGAUGUCUGGCCCAUUCCUUACUGGAUACACACAGACAAUCAAUGAUUAUUAUGACCGAGAAAUAGAUGCUAUAAAUGAACCAUACCGUCCAAUUCCUUCAGGGGCUAUUUCUGAGAGCGAGGUUAUCACCCAAAUAUGGGUGCUGCUUCUUGGGGGGCUAGGCUUGGGUGGUUUAUUGGAUGUGUGGGCCGGACAUGAUUUCCCCAUAAUAUUUUACCUUGCUUUGGGUGGAUCCUUACUGUCGUACAUCUACUCAGCACCACCCCUGAAGCUGAAACAAAAUGGAUGGAUCGGAAAUUUUGCGCUGGGGGCUAGCUAUAUCAGUUUGCCAUGGUGGGCUGGUCAAGCUUUGUUUGGGACCCUUACGCCGGACAUAAUUGUUCUCACUCUCUUAUACAGCAUGGCUGGGCUGGGUAUUGCAAUUGUAAACGACUUCAAAAGUAUCGAAGGAGAUAGAGCAAUGGGUCUUCAGUCACUUCCAGUAGCUUUUGGUGCUGAAACUGCCAAGUGGAUUUGUGUAGGCGCCAUUGACAUAACUCAGAUCUCUGUUGCUGGAUAUCUACUAGGAGCUGGUAAACCUUACUACGCCUUGGCCCUAUUUGCUUUGAUAAUUCCACAAGUUGUUUUCCAGUUUCAGUAUUUUCUGAAGGACCCUGUCAAAUACGAUGUUAAAUAUCAGGCCAGCGCACAACCAUUUCUCGUGCUUGGUUUAUUGGUCACCGCCUUAGCAACUAGCCACUAGAAGCAGCACCAGACAUCCCUACGGUCAAAGCUUCCUCGUAUGCUGUCUCUAUGAUAUGGUCUCUCCACAACUCCUUGUCCAAAACAUAACUUUUUAACAAUUUUACCAAUUUUUGUAAGGGUAAUUUAAGGUUUAGUCGAGUAAUUCCAAUUUUUUUUGCUUUGCUCAUAAA